CUGAAAAUUGUUUUUUUUUUACUUCUUUUGCUUCACUUUAUAAUUUUGUAAACCCACCAGACACAGACAGUAACAUUUACACACUCAAUCACUGCAAUGGUCGGCAUUUACUAUCCCCUGGCUUCGUCUCUCUUUGCGAACGGUAUUUUUGCCGGCUUGGGAUGCUCAAUGAACUUUGUGAGUGUCCCUUGCAUUAGGGCGUCGUCAGACCCUCUGUCCGUAUUUGCAACCAACCUCAAGAAGGCGGCUAAAAUUGGCAUUAUUACUAGCGUCGUUGGCGGUGCAUCUCACUUAUACGUAUGGUACCGCACUGGCAACCCUAUUUCUCUCUUCAAUGGCAUUCUGUCGUUUGCGAUAGUUCCGUUCACCAUUCUGUUUAUCAAACCGCUCAACGACACAAUGCUUCGUAUGCACAGCGAGAAAUCAAAGGACAGCCGCAAGAUAGCGAUGCUUGUAGACAAGUGGAACUCACGCCAGUGGGUGCGCACCAUUGCUGGGACUAUUGUUUUUGUCAUCAAUAUCAACCAAUGCCUGGGCCUUGGGUGCUAUACACUGUGGAACUAGGCCGCGGCUGGUAACCAAGUUUAAAUUUUUACAACUGUUGACGGCCAUUAGAAUACUUUUCAACCAAUGACAGAGCAAUUCAAUCAAUAAAAUUACAUUACAUCUC